AUGUCCCCCAGGGCCACUUUGUACUUCUACUCCACUACAAUUCAGAGUGCAGCUGAGGUGCAGCAGCUGGAUGACCAAGAAGGAGGGAGCAGUGCUUCAGGGACCCCCAACAUUGAGUCAGCUCGUGACUGUGCAGGUGACAUUAUAGGGAGUCAGAACAAUUGCUGCCAAUUUUUUGUCAUCUUAAGACAGCUGGAGGCCAAACUGAAAAACACUGAGAAGCAAUUGGAGGAUCUGAGGGGAGAAGUCCGAGGUCAGCGUGUGGCAUUUGGAGCAUCUUUAGGCCCCAUUGGAAAUGUUGGACCCUUCAACGUUGACAUCACACUGACCUACAAGAAGGUCUACACAAACACCGGCGCAUACAACCCUGGAACAGGUAUUUUCACUGCUCCAGUCAAAGGAGUCUAUUACUUCAGCUUCUCUGGUCAUAAUGGAUCAUCUAAACCAAUGGGGCUGCGUCUGAUGAAGAAUGGAGAGCAGAUGGUUACUGUGUACAACCAUGCAGCUGGAAACCGCCCUGAGACAGCAACCAACGGCAUGACUCUGCAGCUUGAAGUGGGAGACCAGGUGUGCAUGAGACUCCGAGCGAACACCUGGAUUUUUGAUAAUAGCAAUAGCCACAGCACCUUUAUUGGCCAUUUGCUAUUCCCUCUGUAGUGGUCGUUAUAUCAUCUGAUGAAGAUAAGUCCAAGUUUUAUUUUAACUCUGGCCUAGUCUUCAACAAUUACAGAGAAAACACCUGGGUCUGUAGCAGCUAGAUGCUAUGGUUUGUGUUCACUAGCUGUAGGUUUCUCUGUCAGCUGAUUGGUCAGAGAGCGUAGAGCGGGUUUAUCUUUAUUGUUGUAAAUGCUGAUGAUAGCAGCUCAGGAAAUUUGAAUCAAUGUAAAUAUUUCAUCCAUGAUUCAGGUUGGGGGAAUCCAAUGUCAAGUGUAUGGACAAAUGUAUAUUAAUUAAAAUUACAUUUGCCUUUAAAAAGUGUUUUAUUAAUAAAGAUGCUCU